UUAGGCAGCAGCUGGGGGAAGAAUCAACACACCAGGGAGCAGAGCGGAGCGGACCCGAGGACAGAGGCGGCAGCUGCCUCCGCUGCCUCCCGUCGCUGCCGCCGCCACCGCCGGGGCUCAGCCCAGCGGCGGGCCCCGUGCCCCCAUAGCCGUCCCGCGGCGCCCCGCGGCGCGACCCCCAGGCCGCGCACCCCGAGCUGCGUCCGGGAGGGGGGGGGGAAAGGGCCCGGAUCCUCCUUCUCCCCCUCCUCCUCUCCUUCCUCUCACCCCCACCCUUCUAGCCUGACCCCCCUCCCCGCAUCCUCAGUCCCCACUCACCCCGACCCUCUCCCCGGCCCCUGCCUCCCCUCCCCCGCCUCGCCCCACCGGCUUCCCACCACGGCCUCUCUCGGCGAGGAAACUCUGGCCUCCGCUUCCUCCUCCUCCGACUCGGACACCGGCGGAGCCUCCCCGCCCCCGCGGAAGAAACCCCGAGCCUCGGCGGCGGAGGGAGCAGGAGAGCCCGGGGCUUCGGCAGGCAGAGCAGGCCUCUCCCCUCCGUCCUCGUCGUCGUCGUCCUCCUCCUCCUCCUCCGUGGUGGUAGUGGUGGGACUCCCCCCGGCUGCUACCCCUUCUGCCGCCGCUGCCGUCCCCCACCGAAGUAGCGGCCACAGCCUGGUCAGCGGCAGCAUCAUGCAGGCCAACGGGGCAGGAGGAGGAGGAGGAGGUGGUGGCGGCGCCGGUGGAGGAGGAGGGGGCGGCGGGGGCCAGGGACAGACCCAGGAACUCGCCUGUCUGUCGGCCCAGAACGGGGAGUCGUCUCCUUCGUCGUCGUCGUCCGUGGGGGACCUGGCCCACGCCAAUGGGCUCCUGCCUUCCGCCCCCUCUGCCGCCAGCAACAAUAGCAACAGCCUGAAUGUCAAUAACGGGGUUCCCGGCGGGGCGGCCGCCGCAGCCUCAGCCACAGUCGCAGCUGCCUCCGCCACCACCGCCGCCUCCUCUUCCUUGGCCACCCCAGAACUGGGCAGCAGCCUCAAGAAGAAGAAGCGGCUCUCCCAGUCAGACGAGGAUGUCAUUAGGCUAAUAGGACAACACUUGAAUGGCUUAGGGCUCAACCAGACUGUUGAUCUCCUCAUGCAAGAGUCAGGAUGUCGUUUAGAACAUCCUUCUGCUACCAAAUUCCGAAAUCAUGUCAUGGAAGGAGACUGGGAUAAGGCAGAAAAUGACCUGAAUGAACUAAAGCCUUUAGUGCAUUCUCCUCAUGCUAUUGUGGUAAGAGGCGCACUUGAAAUCUCUCAAACGUUGUUGGGAAUAAUUGUGAGGAUGAAGUUUUUGCUGCUGCAGCAGAAGUACCUAGAAUACCUGGAGGAUGGCAAGGUCCUGGAAGCACUUCAAGUUCUUCGCUGUGAAUUGACGCCGCUGAAAUACAAUACAGAGCGCAUUCAUGUCCUUAGUGGGUAUCUGAUGUGUAGCCAUGCAGAAGAUCUACGUGCAAAAGCAGAAUGGGAAGGCAAAGGGACAGCUUCUCGAUCUAAACUGUUGGACAAACUUCAGACUUAUUUACCACCAUCAGUGAUGCUUCCCCCACGGCGUUUACAGACUCUUCUGCGGCAGGCAGUGGAACUACAAAGGGAUCGGUGCCUAUAUCACAAUACCAAACUUGAUAAUAAUUUAGAUUCUGUGUCUCUGCUUAUAGAUCAUGUUUGUAGUAGGAGGCAGUUCCCAUGUUAUACUCAGCAGAUACUUACGGAGCAUUGUAAUGAAGUGUGGUUCUGUAAAUUCUCUAAUGAUGGCACUAAACUAGCAACAGGAUCAAAAGAUACAACAGUUAUUAUAUGGCAAGUUGAUCCGGAUACACACCUGCUAAAACUGCUUAAAACAUUAGAAGGACAUGCUUAUGGUGUUUCUUAUAUUGCAUGGAGUCCAGAUGACAACUAUCUUGUUGCAUGUGGCCCAGAUGACUGCUCUGAGCUUUGGCUUUGGAAUGUACAAACAGGAGAACUGAGGACAAAAAUGAGCCAGUCUCAUGAAGACAGUUUAACAAGUGUGGCUUGGAAUCCUGAUGGGAAACGCUUUGUGACUGGAGGCCAGCGUGGUCAGUUCUAUCAGUGUGAUUUAGAUGGUAAUCUUCUUGACUCCUGGGAAGGAGUAAGAGUGCAAUGCCUUUGGUGCUUAAGUGACGGGAAGACUGUUCUGGCAUCAGAUACACACCAGCGAAUUCGGGGAUAUAACUUCGAGGACCUUACAGAUAGGAACAUAGUACAAGAAGAUCAUCCUAUUAUGUCUUUUACUAUUUCAAAAAAUGGCCGAUUAGCUUUGUUAAAUGUAGCAACUCAGGGAGUUCAUUUAUGGGACUUGCAAGACAGAGUUUUAGUAAGAAAGUAUCAAGGUGUUACACAAGGGUUUUAUACAAUUCAUUCAUGUUUUGGAGGCCAUAACGAAGACUUCAUCGCCAGUGGCAGUGAAGAUCACAAGGUUUACAUCUGGCACAAACGUAGUGAACUGCCAAUUGCGGAGUUGACAGGGCAUACACGUACAGUAAACUGUGUGAGCUGGAACCCACAGAUUCCAUCCAUGAUGGCCAGCGCCUCAGAUGAUGGCACUGUUAGAAUAUGGGGUCCGGCGCCUUUUAUAGACCAUCAGAAUAUUGAAGAGGAAUGCAGUAGCAUGGAUAGUUGAUGGUGAAUUCGGAGCAGACGACUUCUGUUUAACUUAAAAUUAGUCGUAUUUUAAUGGCUUGGGAUUUGGUGCAAACAAACAUGAUUGAUAGCUGGACAGACAUGCUCGUCAUGAAAAAAGAACCAUUUCUGAAGCCCGAUUGGGGCCAAACAUUUAUUACACCUUGCUUCAUAGUAACCAAUUGAGAUGAAGCACGUCGUCGUUAGAGCGUUGUUGGACACCAUGUUGAAUUAUACCCCCAUCGGUUGUGAAGAACUGUGCUAUAUUCAGGCUUACCCAUUGAACUCAGUAUACAUAUUUUUUUCUCUCCUGCCUUUUGUCUGGCAGGAUACCAUUCUUGUUGCUCUUCUGUGUAAUGAAGUUUAAAUGCUUGUUUGGAAAACUUUAUUUAACAGUUUAGAAGGCUUAAUAGAAAGAGUGCAUUAGUCUGAAGAGUAUACGUUGGAUAGGAAAGAAUUUCCUUCUUUUGUUUCUCCAAAUCUUUCCGCCUUAUUUAGCUUGAGAUCUUUGCAGCUUGGUUCAUGGAUUCUAGCCUUGCCCGUUGCGCAGUAUAUACUGAUCCAGAUGAUAAACCAGUGAACUAUGUCAAAAGCACUCUCAAUAUUACAUUUGACAAAAAGUUUUGUACUUUUCACAUAGCUUGUUGCCCCAUAAAAGGGUUAACAGCACAAUUUUUUAAAAAAUAAAUUAAGACGUAUUUAUAGGAUUAAAGCGACUUCAUUUGUAUACAUUUGGAAUCAAAACCAGCUUAAAAACAGUUUCCUGACUUAGAUAUGCAGUUUAACUGAUCCUCUUCUGGAAUACCACAUGAGACAUGGUCAGAAACAGUCCUUGGAAGAACAUUACACAGGAAGGGCAGAAUAAUACUUUGAAGGUCCCCCCCCCCCCUUUUUUUGUAGAGACAGAGUCUCGCUUUAUUGCCCUUGGUAGAGUGCUGUGCCAUCACAACUCACAGCAACCUCCAGCUCCUGGGCUUAGGCGAUUCUCUUGCCUCAGCCUCCCUAGGUUUUUUUCCCCUUUUUGUUUUAUUACUGAAAGAACAUCAGUGCCCAAUCUUAAAGAAAUUCAAGAUUCAAAAGAGAAUUUUAAAUAUACCGUGAAAAAUCAGUAGUCAGUUGGUUUCCAAUAAAGCUUGUUCCAAGUUGUUCUCAACUUAGGAAGUCAUUUUGAUGUGAUCUAGCAAGACAAUAGAAAUUGGCAAAUAUAACCACUUUAGAAGUUUAUAGCAUAAUUGAAAUUGUUAGAAGAAUUAAGCAGAUCACAAAAACAAACUGGGAUUAAAAUCUCAUAGUCAUUUCUCUUAAUUGCCCUUAAUCUUUUCACAUAUAGAGAUACAUAAAUUUAAAGAAUAUUCCUUCUCAGUUUUUCAGAUACUGCCAUAUCAAACCUCAUUCUAAACUGGUGCUGUGGAUAGUCUUUUCCUUUCCUAUCCCCUUUUAGUUAAAGGAAAGGUUUCCUUCAUGGAAAAACACUUUUAAUUUUGAGAAUUUCACAUUUAAAAUAAGCCAAAAGCCUGAUGUUCACAUUGUGCUUUUAAACCCCAUUAACAGCUGAACACAACUGUAGUCUCCCUUGAAAUUCCCUCCCUUUUUCAGUAGAGGAUCAAUAGGGUGACUGUAGCUGUUACAUUGGGGAGAGGAGUGGGAAUACCUCCAAAAUAAGGUUCUGGUGAAGAAAAAGUCUUAUACUAAAGUUCCCCUUUAGACCUAGCCAAGCCUGUAAUAUUUUAUUACCGUGAGUAGACACCUUUGCGAUCCACAAGGAAGAGAAAAAAGGCUUGAGUAUCAAAUUCUUCCAUUGUAGUUUGGGGGCGGGGGAUGACAACAGGGAGAAAGGGAAAAGUCAGGGAAGGGGAGAAGAAAGAAAAACACAUUUGGCCUUAAAAUAGCAUGCAUUCUCCCAAAAAACCAUAGUAAGAGAAAAUGACAGAUCGUGGUCAGAAGAUUAUUUUAUCAAAUUGGUAUGUAAAAGAUUUAAGCUCAAUUUUGCAGAGACCACCACUUAAGAAAAUCAAAGAACUCCUGUUUUGAUACUUCUGAGUUAAAAUAACUGUGUUAUAAUUUAUCUGGUACUUCAUUUUUCUUAACUAAAAUUACUUUCUACUUUAAGCUUGAAUAAAAAUCUUCAUUGGUAACUGUAUAUAAUUAAGUGGCAACUUAUCUUUACCUCAGUACAGUUAAAACCAUUCAUAUUUUAAGUGAUUCAUGUAUACCCUGAAGCCGUUAAUCCACCCCAGUCUCCACAGUAACAUCACCAACAAAAUGUGGGCAUAGAAACUCCACAGCUGUUUACAAAUUUGGUUACAGUGUGCUAUGGUACAUUAGUAACAUUCAGGCACUCAGAUUCUACUGUCUACUUCACCCAGCCACCCCUAGAUCUGAGUUUUCAGUGUGCUUCUGAAGUACUUUAAAAAAGUGGAGUAAAAGUGAGGCACAUUUUACAAGAACAUAACUCCUAUUAAAAUAGGAGUAACAACUAUGCAAAGGUUUCUAUAGCAGCUAGAUGAGUUUGUUUUCCAGGUCUGUCUUAACUGGCAGCUUCCUAUAUAUACUGGUACUUUGCUGUGCCAAUUUGCUAUAAACGUCUGUUUCCUACAUUUGCCAUGCAGUGACUAGCUAGAAAGGUAAAAUAAAUGGUGAAGAAACCCAGGAUAAUAUGGUAUAAGAACGUGAUAGCAGGAUUUUCUAAUCCAUAGGUAUUAACUGAAAACUUAAUGAUAGUUCUAUAGAUUCUAUAGUAGGCCUAAGAGUGAAAAUACUGUCAAGCCAGCCACAAGAUACUAACAAAUGUAUAAACUGAAAAGUACCAAUACUUUUUGCACAUAGAUAAAAUACAGUGGAGAAUUUUGGCUCCAAAAAUCAGGUUAGUAGGCUCAUUUCCAUGUGCUUAAAAAUGUUUUUGUUCUUGUUAUGCAUUGAAUAAGGGCUAGCGCAAGUAUGAAAUUAAAUGUCUUUUUCCUCCAAAUAAUUGGUUUUAAUGGUAAAAUGUUGGAUUUGGUGAUUACUGAGAUUGGUGUAUGGGGGUGGUGAUGAAGAAUUAAAGUGGGAGUUAGUUGGGAGGGAUAUCAAAGCCUUAGUUUUGGUUUUUGUAUUUUAUUAGUAUUCAUAACAGCUACAUUUCUUUUGCUCUUAAUUGGCCAAAUAAAUAUAUAAAAGCAGGUAAGUAGUUUAAGCAGGAAAUUUUAUUUCCAAAUAUUCCUACAAAUUGGCCCAUUUUAUUGGGUGGGAGAACAAAAAGGGAUUCCCUAACUUUAAGUAAUUUAUUUACCCUGUUAGUCAAAAGAUUAAAAAAUCCAAUCUUGUCAAUAUUUUCUUAGCUUGAAAAAACACAAGUAAUUAUUACAUGGUGAGCUUUAUUAUUAGGAGUGUUCUGCCUCUAGAGUGGCAUUCCAUGACAUUAAUAGAAAAUCCUUCUUUCCCACCCCUCCCCAUCUUGAAAUUUUCUUUUUUAGAUGUUGGUUCCUGCAAACAAGAACUGACCCUAUCACCUCUGCCUCACAGUGGGUAAAUAUAUCGUACAUCUCUUGAAAGAGAAAUAUCCAUGUCAGUUUCUUUCACAGCAGAAGAAUGGCUGAUUUUGCUUGGGGAGGAAAGAAGACAUUUUUGUUAAUAUCCUUUUUGUCCCACCUCUAAAAUGUUACAAGUAUUUUGAUUGAUUUUACUUUAAUUUCUUAUUUAGACUUUAGCAACUCUCCUUUUUGAGUUGCUCUCUGAAACAUUACUUCCAUUUCAGAAACCAUAUCUGAUUUAAUAGAAACUAACUUUAAAAGAAGAGGUGAAUUUGCAUUUACACUUAGACACUUUCUAAAAACAGGGUGAACUUAAUUGAAAAUUUUCAGUGUUGUUAAGCUAUUGUUAUAGUAGCUGCCCUAUAGUUGCAAAACCUAUAAAAAACCCGGCCCCUAUCUACUCAAUCCAGGUAGCCUGGAUUUAACAAAACUAAUAGCAUAAAAAUGUGUGUGUGUGUGUGUAUGUGUGUGUUGUUGUGUUUAUGUAUGGGAGAGAGUACUUAAUUCACGAGAAGUCCUGGAAAUGGCUGUUCUAGGUUCUUGUCAUUUUUACUAAAGGUCUUGUGCACAUGUGAAGUGCCCUUUCUGAGUUUAAGGUUUAGUUAAUACUGGUAUAUUUUUAUAAGAUUGAUACCGUGUCCCCAUCUUUAACUUAAAACAUUUUCAUUAUCAGGGUCAAUGUGCUAGAACUGAAUUGUAACAUUUUUAGGCACAGAUGGAAAAAAAUGUUAUUGGCUCCUUGAAAAUAUGUGUGGUGAGGGGAACAGAUACACAAAAGCAUGUAUGUACUUAAAAACCAAGCUGUAGAGAUCAAGAAAAGAACUUAAGUGUUGAUCUCAAGAUUUCUAAAUUGUCAAGAUUUACAUGGCAUUGUGGUGGAACUAGUUAACACUUUAGAGCUUUUGGUAUGUAAUAACUAUUUGCUAUGGACUGAUUAAAUGUUUCAAAAGGAUUGUGUUUUUAAAUUUGGGGGGGUGGUUUUUUUUUAACUGCCUCUCAGAUUACAUUUAGUAGUUUAAAUUUCUUUGUUUUAUUAUUUCAUUAAAGUAUAAAAAUUUCAGGUCUCUGAUAUUUAUUUUCACUUGUUCUACUAAUUAUUUACAAAAUACCCUUUGUUGACUUUUAUUUUAUAAAUGUGUAGUAUAUUAAACAUCAUAAAAAUUCUGUUCAAUUGAAACUACAUUACCUUUGAUUUGCUUUACUGGUUUUUUUUUUUUUUUUUAAUACACCUUUUCCAUGUUAGUGUGCAGCACUUAGCCAGUCAAUUUGUAUUUCCUUUCUUUCAAACCAAUAAACAGAAUGAGUAACUAA